UGCGUCUCUGUGAACGUUGUAAAGAUCAGAAGUAAUUUUUGAUCGAGUGUUUUACGUGAUGCUCCUUAGUUUUAUUCAACACUCUCUCGAAUGGAAUAUUAAAAAAGUGACGAUCUCACACCGAUCGAUUAUAAAUCAAAAGUAAGCCAGUGUGUAAGUUGUUGCUCUUUGUUCGUUGUACAAACAGGAACUUCACUUGCCCCCAGAGGGGCAGCAGAUAAUAUGUGGAGCGACCAGCUGGGCCUCUUGCUAUGGAAAAAUUAUGUCAUCCGAAAACGAAGACCGGGCAUGUUGGCCCUUCUCUUCCUAUGGCCAGUGGUGGUUUUUCUCAUUUUGUACACCUUCCGAGACAACACCGAUCCUGAGUAUAACCCGACUUGUCAAUUUCCCGGUCGAUUGAUGCCGCAAACUGAAUUUUUGCCAUUUUUGCAAAAUUACAUCUGCACCGUGGGAAACCCCUGCGAGCCUCUCUCGGAGUAUGAAAAAGUACCCGCAUAUAGAAAUUCAAAAUUAGGGCCGUUACUGCACACACUGCAGCCCUUGCUAAAAAAUGAAACGAUUUUGAACGCGGCCAAGGAUUUACCAAAGAGUAUAACGUUUCUGAGAUCAAUGGCCGAGGUCCUCACGCGGCCAGGAGUUAAGCAGAUAUUUGAACGAGGCAUUCACUUCGGUGACUUGUUCAAGGAUCACGACGAGGUAAGAAAACUCGUGAAACAAGAGAUACCCGAGCUCAGACCUGUGGUGGUGGACAAUUUUCUCAAUGCCUCGAUAAAAAUACAAUACCUCGUCGAGGCUUUGGGCUCGUCAAAUAUGGACGGUAUAAUUUGCAGCCCUCAGAUUCUGAAGGAAUUUCUCAUAUUGCCAACCGAUGAGGAUCUUUCGACGGUUUCAAAAGCUCUUUGUGGUCUGAAUUCAACACUGAUUCCAGACCUUGUGCAACAUGUGGUCGAACAAUUAGACUUCGACGGAAUGUUCGGCAUGAUUAAUUUAGUAAUGGCUAAAUUUCGUACCUACGACAUUUUUAGCGAUAUUCAACAGACCGUGGACUCGAUACUGAGCCUGAAAAUGAUGGACCUGAUCUUCCCGGAAAAGUUAAGACUGAGAAAGUGGCUUCCGAAUAUAAUCCCCCUUUUCAAAAACGUCACUUUCAAAGAAAUCGAUCUUUCGUUCAUCCCCCGAGCAAUCGACUUACUAGAUCCUGUUUUCGUCGAUGAGUAUGAUUGGCCAACGGCUAGAAAAGCUAUCCUCAAAUUCAAUUCCAUGCUAGAACUUGCGAAGGACUUGACUCAGAAUAAAACGAACGAGAAGAUAUCACCAAAUGGCAUUUUUGAGAUGACGACGAGUAUCGUGGAUAUUCUGAACACAUCGAUUUAUUCACACAAUUCCGAAAGCGUUGGUGAGAUCAUGGAUAACGCGUGGGCAGUAUUGCAGGGUGGUGUAAAGCUCACUAAAACUCUCAUCUGGCAAAAUGAGAAUAAUUUCGAAAUGGGUGCCGAAGUUUUGGACGGUUUGACGAACUUCUUCCCAAAAAAGAUCCUGAACCCGAUAUCCUACUUAGUUUCAUUGACAGACAUAGUAGUUCAAACGGUCCAUCACGUGGCUAAGCUUCAUUUGGAAAGUUCAAGACGAGUUUGGAACAUCAGCCAAAAUUAUACCACCAUCGUUCGUCCGAUCUUGGCAAUGAACUCGUCAAUAUACCGUACGGUCGUUGAAUCCUUUUCACGACUGGAUAUAGUCCAGGACUUUGUGGAAGUGAACAAAAAUGCCGGGGAAAUAUUUUGCGAAACGAAAAUGUUCAACAGAAUAUUUAACGCCUCCAAAAAAGUUUCAUCCCAGGACACCGAAGCCAUAUCGCUACUCCUAUGCGGCGAAGAAGGACGAAGGUUUCUAGCUGAAAUCUACAACAGUUUCGAAAUAAAUAAUUUCGAACGAAACGUGAAAAAUAUGCUGUCCACAUUCGUUUACGCGGCUGCAGGACAACCGGUUCCAAUUUCGAAUUCCAACAUCACCUCGCUCAUCAGAAGCAUCAAGCACUUUGUGACUUACUUGGAGACUCCAAGACCUUCGGAGGCACCGGGUUGGAAAGAGUUGGCACCCAGCGAUGCCUGGUCCGAUACAUUCAAGGAUACAAGUGCCAGGGGCAGAUUAGACGUUCUCGGCAUUCAUCUGAGCGUUGCGAGGAAAGUGGGAAUGCGUAGUUUCAGUUUCACCACGAUCAUGCCGACUCUUGAGAACAUAGAUCAUAUGGCUAAGAUGAUCGUGCAGACAUUGGAGACCGAAGCAGCGUUGAAGUGGACGAAGGAAGUUGACGAAGACGUGCCUUUGCUAGUCGAUACGUUUUACCUUACCGCUGCAGAUCGACAAAAGGUUCUGAGAAUCCUUGAAAUUUCUAACUUCACGGCAACCUACUGCAAUGACGAAAAUUACCCUCCAUUGAUAAACUAUCUUAAGGGAUCGAACGAAACUCGGUUAAAAAACGACAUCUGCCAUUUAUCUCAAUUCAUCGAAAGCAGAACUGAAUUGGAUGCCAGCAUUACUAUACCCACUACGAACAAUACUCCUGUGUCCCCUACACCAUUCAAUUGGACGACAUUCAACGACCGACUGAUAAGAAUUUACCGCGAAAUAGAUCUAGUCAUACAUCAAAUAUAUCCGGAUCUCAGACCAGAGAGUCAACGAGAGAGAUUGAUAGACGAAUUCAUCGUUUCUUGGACGAAAAAUGUCUCCGUGAGCGAAGGCUUUGAAGUCAGUAUAGGACUCCUGUGUAAGUUAGGUGAAAUGUCCGAAAACGGUUUUUGGGUAUUCGGAUUCACUCGUGCUUGGGACUUUAAAAAUUUAAAGAUCAGAGAAAUAUCGAAUAUUUUCCAAGCAUUGCAAGAUCGACUCACCAUCAUCAAAGACAAAAAUAUGACGUCUCGAGUCAACUUGCGGUUCAUGCCGGAGACGGGAAUACUCGAAGAAAUCGUUCUUAGAAAUAUUCAAGAUGGUCUUACCGACCUUGUUGACAUGCUGACGCUGAAAAUGCCGAACAUUUCAGCGCUGAUAGAUUACAAGAAUAGAGAAACUAGCUGGCCGUGCGUGAAGGAACAAAGUAUUGGUGAAGUUUUAGCGGUUCGUAACGGUACUCGUAAUAUUAUCAGAGAGAUUGAAAGGAUCGCCUGUAAUCCUGGAUCGUUUAUCAACGAAUGGCAGCAGACGUUCGAGCAGGAUAUUAAUACAGAGAGGGAUGCUCCGCGACCGUUUAACUGGACGGAGGGAUAUACAAGGUUUCGAAAGCUCAUGGCCGACUUGCGCGAAUUAUCUCCGGAUACUAAUAUUCUAUCGGAUCAACCUUCGGUAUCCCUAACCGACGUCAAGCGUGCUUUCGAAAGUGCGAAGAAAUUCAUUGACAGUAAAUUCACCGAUAAAUCUGUUUGGAAUGAUAUUCUGACGGGCGUUGAUAACCAACUGAACAACCUAAUAGAUAAGUCCAAUUAUUCUAUUUGGACAACAGACAAGAUUGAAGAUCCUAACUAUAACGUAGAUCCGUUGAGCAGACUCAUCGCCCUCGCUAAGUACGCCGGUCACGUAAUUCACGAGAUGUCUACCGUGGCCUUGAGUAUCGUCAACAAAGGGCCGGUGAUCGACGCAUUCUCUGUGCUUGGAUUCGGAGACCGAACCCCGCUCAAAAUAGUCUAUUCUCAUCUUCCUGAUCUCAUAGCGAUGUUCGUCAACGGCUUGGCGAGUUCAUCGAUAAUGAGGAAGAUUUCACUAGCUUCGAAAAAUCCGUACGGCGGUCCUGCCUGUGUAGAUGUAUUUGACUGGUUUGGCGAUUUCCGAAACGGGAUAUCCGUCGAUGAGUAUCAAAUCCUGAAGAACUGCAUCUGUAACUUCGAUCCAACGAACUUCAACGAUUUCACCAAUGUCAUUCUGACGGAAGAAAUAAUCCGAGGACAGCCAGUAAAGGACUAUCCUUUGUUUGCUGGAAGGAGUAUCUUCAAACUGUACGAAUUGGGCGAAGCCAUAAAAACAGCCAGUAAAACAGGAGUAAAAGUACCACCACCGUUCACUGUUCAGUACUGGGAUGUCGUCUUUCGAAAUUUGACUCAUGAAUUGGAACGGCAUCAUUCCAUACAAAGGGUCGUCAGCGUUGACUCUACCGAACCAUUUCACGUGGCGGUCGAAUUUGCCGCUGAAAUAUUGAGACACCUUGCAACUUCCCUCAAUAAGCUUGCAGCUGACGAAAAACUAGACGGUUUUCAUCUCUGGGAUUUAGUUGAAGACGGUGAUAUCCGUCAGCUUUUCAAAGUCCUCGAAUCGCAUCCUACCGAAUCCAUCGCUCUAGCUGCGUCACUGGCCCAGUUCGAACCAGAAACAGGUCAUCCAACAGUAUUUAGCGGGAUAAAGAUGAAGAUGUGCGAUCAUCACUUCAAUUCGGGAUAUUGGAACAACAGCGAGAGGGUUCAUUUCUUGAGAACAAUCUGUUCCUUCGAUCCGUACCAGCUGCUGAAGAGUUUAACGAGCCAGGAAUUUUAUGACUUGAUCCAAGGUCCGAAUAAGAAUUUACAAAGGGAAUCUUCGCUCUCGGAAUAUCUGGCUAACGUAAUCAGCGCAUCCUUCGGCUUGUCGAGGUCGCAUCCUAGCGUCAAAUUCAAGACGAAUAUUUUUAACGUAACUACGUGGCGAAAUCUUGACAACAACACGUGGUCGAUAAUCGAGAAUACGGAAGAAUCCUGGCUGCGAGAUUACUUACAAUUAGAUUCUUCAGGAAUGGAAGAAUGGAACCCGACAUACCCAUCACCUAGGAUAGCGAUGACGGAACGAUUCGAUUAUUUCAUUCAGUUAUCCAACUUACUAGUCAAUUUAGCAUCGGGGGGCGACAUGUGGUCGAAGCUACGAACACUGUACGAAUCGAACCCUGAAAUGAACGCGACGCUUUCAUUAGCUGAGGGUUUACCAAAUUUAAUGUUAACAAUCGUCAACACUUUUUUCAACGGGGAAAUAACAAACUCCUCGGUCGGCUCUUUGAUUGACGGAAAGGUGAAUCUAUGUGAAUUUAACAAGUACUUAAUAGAGCCUCGACAUAUGCAGGGAGAAGGAUUUCUCGGAAACUUCACUCAGUCGUGUCAAAGAAUGUCACAAUUGAAAAAAACUGGACACUUUUUAUUCGAAGAUAUUUUCGAACAGACGGAGGGAACUCGCGGCACACUCCCGGGUAGAAAUGAAUCGUCCGUGAUGAACCAUAUAAGACAAUUACAAAAAAUCAUCAUUCGAACCAUAUCCGAAGGACAGGCGGACUUCAAACCGCCCAAGUUUAUCACAUCGUUUAUCGUGGGAAAUCUGAACAAUUUUGUCGCGGAAUACGAGGCGAUGGAUCCACACGUUCUCGUGAAUUCAACAGCCCAUCAAAUGUCCAAACUUUUGCAAAGUCUGAUCGAGGCGACAAGCCGCAAUAAUAACUGUGCCGUGUGCGAGGGGCUGUUCAAUUUCUUACGAAUUUUGAAUGGCCAAUUAUCGAAUCACGCUCUCUACGAAAAGCUCGUUUACUCGUCUGGGAAAUUAAAUGCCGAAGAGCUGCGGGACAUUCUUUUCAACAAAUUGAAAUGGACGAUUCCGAUCAACGACGCGGCGAAUAUCAACGGUCGCUUUAUCGCCAGUAAAAAUAUCUUUGCGGAUUUGUCUAACGAAAUGGAGAAGACAAUGCAGUAUUUAACCGAGAUCGCGUUGGGAUUUUUUGAUACAACUAAAGGAAACGCGUCUGCUACUGACAACAGCAUAUCUGCUACCAGUAUCCUCGCGAAACCAACAACAUAUAUUGGAUUACUUCGCGUAGCUUUGGUCUUACUAAACGAACACGUAACAGUAAUCGACACUCUGAGAACACACGAAAAAUUAAUUGAACUAGGGAAACUAUCGGAAACAUCUGUGCCGAUUUGGAAACCUAUAGAAGAAGUUGUCGUGAAAUCGGAUGUAGAUAUAAUAGAAAGAAUGUUUGGUCCAGCCUUUAUCAAUGUUAACAUGAUAAACACUAACGCAACGAAAAGCGAGAUGGAUUUAUACGAUAGCCUUGUAUCAAAAAAAUUGGCAAAGUUUCUACGAUACUCGGAUAAUUCGACCAAUUUUUCUUCGAUCACGGACAUUCCUCGUCAGUUGUCGAAAAGCUUGGACUUGGACAAGAUUCGAGACAAAUUACCCGGGUGGCGUAAAGACGCUACGAAAAAAUUAUUAUGGCUGAAAAAUAUACUGAGCGAUUUGGAUAUGAUAGCGCUAGAAUCAGGAAAUAUGUUGAACAUCGCCAGCACCAUAAAUUUUGAUGGCGACGUAUUAGAGAAUCGACGUUUACUCGACGAUGUUAUGAAAUUGCUGAGGGAGGAGACUAUAGACAAAUUUUUUAACGGGUUCAAUACGCUUUUGGAUGACGUCGAACCGUUCAUUGAAAACCCGCUGGUAAAAAAUGACCUGCGAACCGCACUGAGCAUGCUAGAAUCCAUGGAGAUAUUUAAGAAUCUUGGGUUGCUGAACACCAAAUAUGAAAUCAAAAAAAUGUUUCCCAACUGGCCUGUUAUGCGGUCAUAUUUGAUUAAGACUGUCGGGUUAAGCACAAAUACUACGGAGGCAUUGGGUCCAGGAAAAGUUGACAUGCUUUCGGUUUACUCGAAGGAAUCUCGAACCGUCAGCAUCAAGGAGACUAUCUGUUCACCGGAAAAACUUGGCGAAAUUUUCGAAUUCGAAACCGGUAAUGUCACCAUGGAAGAGAUCAGCGAUACGUUGUGCCAGCUGGGAAGUGAAAGGGCGCAGAAUAUCACGGUUAAUUUGAUCAAGAAGCUCAACUUUGGAUCGCUAUUCAAAGACGUAAUGGGCGCCAGCGUGAAGAAUAUCUUGUCCAAUGCUAAUUUGAACGAGAAAGAAGGGAUGGAGAUCAUAAACAAUUUGGGAUUUGCUGCCAAACUAGCACCGCUGCUGAAGGACGCUGCUGUUAACAUGUCCGAUCAGUUCACAGCCGACUACUUGAUCGCUAAUGAUACCAACAAUGAGGCUUCGUUAUCGACGAAUCAGGACAUGAACUUUCCGCAGUUUCUGAAAGAAAGUGGUGAAAUGUUGUGCGGAAAGUCAAUGGUUCAAGAUACCGGUAAAUUUUUCAAAAUAAUUUCCCAGAUCGAAGAAAACGGAGCAGAAUUUAACGAUGUGGAGCUCGCCUCAUUGCCUACUGACUCGUGUAAAGAUGUAUAUAAGGAGAUUUCAAAAAUAGCCGCUGGUAAAAUUUUAUGGACUUACGUGAAACCUCUGCUACGAGGUCGCAUAUUGUACGCUCCACGUACGAGCUUUAUUGAUAAAGUCAUGGAAGAAACGAAUUCGACCUUCGCUCAUAUCGGAAAUUUUGGAGUGCUGAUCGAUAGCUUUGAAAGGAGUAUGACCUCUUUAGCGAACAUGACGGAACUUGGAGACAGUUUGAUCGAUUUGCAGAAAAUAUUUAAAUCAAAAUUGAUGAAGAUUGCUGUAAAAUCAUUCAGCGGGACUUCAUUAGGAAUUGAUCUGGAGAAUUUCGAUUUGGCAAAGCUGGCUUGGAGGAUAAAGAAUUCUCAUACAUUGAUUCGAACCAUCCGUAUGCUGAACAAAGUUAUGGAUUGUGUUUUGGCUAACCGUAUCAUCGGUUUCGCCUCAGAAGAGGAGCUCGAAAAAGAAGCCGAUCGUCUUGUCGGGACGAACGACUUCCUAGCUGGUAUUGUUUUUGUCGAAGACAGAGCCGAGCGAUCGAAAAGAUCAUACGAGCAAGGAUCGUCCGACAAUAUUACCUACAAAAUUCGAAUGGACGUAGACUCUGUACCCUCAACUUCGAGGCUGAAGAAUCAAUUCUGGACUCCUGGACCCGAGGGAAGUUUCGUAGAAAAUUUGCGUUACCUCAGAGGAUUUAUACAACUACAAGAUUCGGUCGAUCGAGCAAUCAUAAAGGUCAAAACUCAGACUCAACAACAGUGGAAAACAGUUUCUCAACAAAUGCCGUAUCCCUGCUGGAAAUUUGUUCAAUUCCAAUCGGCGUUGUACGAGAGUCAAGGUCUUCAAGUUUGUUUCUUUUUCGCGCUGAUGUUGUGCGUAGGGACGGUCGUCAGACAUAUUGUUUGGGAACGAGAAUCGCAAAAUGCAAUGGUGAUGAGCGUAAUGGGCCUGAAAUCACGACAGAAUACUUUCGCGUGGUUCAUAGUGUCAAUAAUCGAGUUGUCCGUCGUGGCGAUAAUUAUUUUCACAAUUUUAAUGGGCGGGAAAAUUUUGCCACGCUCAGAUCCUCUUCUUGUAUUGUUCCUCCUCCUCGACUAUGUCUUCGCCACCGUGACAUUUUGUUACAUGAUUUCGACGAUGUUCAGUUCCGCGAGCUUGGCGGCGGUCACCACAGUUGUGUUUUUCCUACUAACUUACAUGCCUUACAUCAUAGUAAUCGCGAUGGAGGCCAGCGUAAACUUGGCCGUCAAGUUAUUAAUGUGCCUGAACAUGUCAACCAGCUUUUGCUUUGGAUGUCUUUACGCCGUUCGAAAAGAAGUUCAGGGUACCGGAUUGACCUGGGCUUCCAUGUGGGAGGAGUCCAGCCCCGGGGAUCCGAUGUCUCUGGGCUUGGUUUUCUUGACGAUUGCAUUCGACGGAUGCUUAUACGCUUUGAUCGGCUACAUCAUCACUCGAUAUACGAAUUCAGGUAGAGGGUUUCAUGGACUGAGGUCCAUUAGCUUGUGGUGGGCCGAUACCAGGACAUACUAUGGACGGCCAAGCUACCUCGCCUUCGAGAACCAGGUGUAUUUCACUAACGACGUUGUUGUUCCAUCCUCAAGCACACAUCAAGAUUCAGACAGUGACGCUACGAAUUUCAACGUCCAAGACGAAAAACAGGUCGGCGUUCGAUUUGACAAUGUACGCAAGGUAUACCAAACUGAAACAGGCGAGUGCGUGGCCGUUGAUGAUUUUUCGAUAAAACUUAUGGAGGGAGAGGUCACUACUCUUCUUGGUAGAAACGGCGCUGGAAAAACCACCAUAAUCAAAAUGUUGACUGGCAUGGAAGCACCGACGAGUGGUGAAAUUUGGCUUCCUAAUAACAACGACGCUGUACCUCACAUUGGAGUUUGUCCCCAAACCAACGUGCUAAUCGGUUGUCUCACUGCCCGAGAGCACAUGAUGUUUUAUGCAAGGUUGAAAAAUAGGAUCCAAGGCUACGACAUGGACAGAGAUAUCGAGACAAUGUUAACUUCAAUGGAACUGAACGGCCAAGAGGACGAAUUGGUGUCCAAACUUUCCGGAGGUACGCAGCGAAGGCUGUGCGUCUGUCUGGCGUUCAUCGGAGCUCCGAAUUUGGUGAUACUGGACGAGCCCGGCGCCGGUGUCGAUCCGGCAGCCAGACGAAGGAUUUGGCGACUGAUUGACAAACACCGUAUAGGUCGUACGGUCUUAAUGUCCACUCAUUACCUGGACGAGGCUGAUAUGCUCAGUGAUACGGUUGUCGUAAUACACAAAGGAAAGAUCCUUUCCACCGGUUCGCCGUUGACUCUGAAAAUAAACUACGGCCAGGGGUACAGAAUGACGGUGUCUUUUUCGUCGCCCAGCCCGAAAGCUGUGAUGAUCAAGGAUAACGAAGGCGUUCCGAUGGGACAGGCGAAGACGAUGAGCAACUUGACAAACUUGGUUGAAAAAAUUGUGCCGAAUGCGACGGUGAACGACGUGAGCGACACGGAAGUCGAGAUAAUUCUCCCUUUCCAAAGGAGUCCCGGUGACGCAAACGACAUUGCGGGAGCGGUAAAAGCUCUCGAGGAUAACCAGGAGCAGUUAGGAUUUUCCCACUUCAACUUGGAGUGCGAUACGCUCGAAAGGGUUUUCCUUGAUAUGUGCGCGCACGCAGAUGGUGCGGAGAAGUACGCGAAACCCACAAGUCUUGAGAGUUUGAAUAGCGUGAACAGCAUCGGCUUCGCCAUCCCCACGGAGAACGUUGAUUUGAUAACGAAUGAACCGAGCAUGAAGCCUUCGGUGUUUCGGCAGGGUAAAGCACUGCUGAAAAAGAGACUGUGGCAUUUUGCCCGUGACUGGCGAGCGCCUCUAGCUGCUUUGAUUCUGCCCACUUUAUUUGUAGCCGUUGCAAUGGGUUUGUCUUUGAUCAGACCACCCUCUGACGAUCAGCGACCUUUGGUGCUGUCCACGAAACUGUACGACACGCAUCCGGUACAUUUCUACAGCAUUGACAGGAAGAGCGAUCAAUUUCACAAACGUGUUUCGCUACAGCUGCAGGAUAGAUUCGUCGACGCGAGUAAUGGAAACUGGCGAGCUUUUUCAAACGACACGGGAAGCUGCGACUGUAUCGACGGAGACCAGGUUUGCGAGGGACUUCCAGCACCGGUCGAAGGUUUGAUUGAAACGAAUCCAGGUCGUGCAACCCUCGACUGGAUCAUUUCCACCCAGGAGCAGUACAUAGAGAAGAGAUACGGGGGAUGGUCACUGAACCACAUGGAUUCGGAAGACGGAACUGGAGUCUUCGUGGUUUGGUACAACAACAAAGGUCACCAUUCCCUACCGGCUUAUCUAAACGCGCUGAAUGAAGCUAUCCUGAGAGCCAGCGGUGUUUCUGGUCACCUCACCACGAUCAAUCAUCCUCUCAAAUCCUCCAGAGACCAACUGAAUCGCACGACCUUACUUCAACACGUCGCUGACGUAGGCAUCGGUCUCGUGUUGCUCGUCGCGUUCAGCCUGGUCGGUGCCCAAGGUGCCAAAGAAUUGGUCCGUGAAAGACUCUCCGAGGAGAAACGAAUUUUGUACCUCGCUGGAGUGAAGCCUUUGACUUACUGGACGACUGCCCUCAUCUGGGAUCUUCUGGUCUUCGCCGUUUCAAUUCUACUCGCCGUUAUAGUUUUCGAAAUAUUUGGUCUUUCCGCUUACGUUGCCAAAGAAAAUCUACCCUCCGUCUGUGUUCUGCUUUUCCUCUACGCAUGGGCAGUAAUUCCGUUCACGCAUCUGGCAGAAAAGAUGUUCGACGACUCGAGCCUUUCCAACAUGGUGCUCUUCUGCCUAAACACCUUUAUCGGAGUUUUGUCCUUGGCGACAAUAUUGACGAUCGACGUACUCGGAACAAGUAAGACGGCCGAAGACGUGAGAAACUUCCUCCAUCAGUUGCUAUUGAUUUUCCCUCAGUACGCAUUGGGCGACGGUUUGGUUCGAAUAUCAACGAAUGAUAUAACCGCCAACCUUCUCGAAAGAUUCCACAUGAACACUUACAAGUCACCCCUGAGCUGGGAUCUCCUCGGUCCUCACUGCCUCUACCUAUUCAUGGUCGGCGCGAUUCUGUUCGCGACUAAUUUGGCGAUCGAAAGUCGCGCGCUGCCUGCUUUCCGUGACAAAAAAGUUCCGCUCUACGCGACGAAUGACGAGGACGAGGACGUAGCGAAGGAAAGAGCCAGGAUAGAAAAAGGACUCUGUCAAAAAGUCUUGAAGACAAUUAGACUGCGAAAAGUGUACGAGAGUUCGCAAGGGAAGAACGUCGCCGUUCACGACCUCAGUUUCGGUAUUCAGGCGGGCGAAUGUUUCGGGCUCUUCGGCGUAAACGGCGCGGGAAAAAGCACCACCUUCAAGAUGUUAACGACGGAGAUCAUCCCCACGGCUGGUCAGGUUGUUCUGAACGAUAAAGAAAUCGGAUCUGGACCGCUGUGCUCCGGAGACGUUGGCUACUGUCCUCAGAGCGACGCUCUCGACCCUUUCCUCACGCCACAUCAAUCUCUGACCAUUCACGGCGAGGUUUCCGGUCUCCGGAACGUCCCGAGGGCGGUUGAAACGGCUUUGAAGCGAUUCGAUCUCACUAAAUACGCUCAUCAAAGGGUGGCCAGUCUCAGCGGUGGAAACAAGAGAAAACUCAAUGCGGCGAUCAGCGUUUUGCUUCCCUCGCGCGUCGUUUUAAUGGACGAAGCGACCAGCGGGAUGGAUCCUGCGUCAAAGGAUUUGGUGGCGAAGGCCAUAAAAUCGAUAAUUAAAAAUCGGGGAAGCGUUCUGAUGACCUCUCACAGUGUGGCUGAUUGCGAAAAUCUUUGUACCAGAGUCGGCGUCCUGGCCAAAGCUGGACUGAAGUGCAUCGGAUCACCCCAAUACCUGAAGCACAGGUACGGCGAAGGCUACAUCGUAUUUCUGCGGUUCAAGGGUCCCACUUUGUUAUCAGAACUUCUGGAAUCAACGGCGAGACAUCUUCCAGGAGCUAGUAUCGCCUCGAGGCAAGCGGUGGCCGCGCGACUUUUGGUACCUCGUAAACCGAACACCAAACUAAGUUCGGUACUGGCGAGCCUUCGAGAUUUGGCGACUGAAUUGAACGCCGUCGACUACACGCUUACGCAGAGCUCCUUGGAUCAGGUCCUGGUCAACUUUUCCGAAGAAUUCGACGACGCUGACAGAAUAUUCGAAAAUAUGGGAUCGAGCGGUUCGCGGCAUCGUUUCAACGUCCAAGACGCAAUUCACAUGGACACCAUAAGGAACGAACGAUUCACCUCGUUGCCGAUCAGUUAAGGAUGAUUGAAUAUGUUAGAUGUACGUAAUAGCGUAAAUUUUGAUACUGUGAUAACGUAUUAACGUAACCGCCGAGUGGCCGAUUCACCGUAUUACCUAUCUUGUAGCCAUACGUUAUUAGAAAUUAUUGGAAUAUUUAAAAAUUACUUUAAGCAUUUUAUUUUUAUUGCACGAACGGAUUGUUCAAUAUUUCGAGACGAGAUUUUGUUUGAUGUACGUGUACUUGCUCUUAUUGUCGGAUCGACUUACGAAAAUAAACUAUUUCUUUGAUA